AUCCGGGAGUCCGAUUGCUUGUGGCUGUUUUGUUUUCUUGCACAACUGGAGUAAACUGAGGCUACCAAACGCGCCGCGACUCCAACUUCGGACUUGGCCUGCCCUGGAAAGAUGUCUGGAUUUCUAGAAGGCUCACGGUGCUCAGAGUGCAUGGACUGGGGGGAGAAGCGGAACACGAUUGCCUCUGUCGCCGCCGGCAUUCUGUUUUUCACGGGAUGGUGGAUCAUCAUAGAUGCUGCUGUAAUGUACCCCAAGAUGGACCAAUUUAACCACUCAUACCAUGCCUGUGGUGUCAUAGCAACCAUAGCCUUCCUCAUGAUUAACGCGGUGUCGAAUGGACAAGUGCGAGGCGACAGCUACAGUGAAGGCUGUCUGGGCCAGACAGGAGCCCGCAUAUGGCUCUUCAUCGGCUUCAUGUUGGCUUUCGGAUCCCUGAUUGCAUCCAUGUGGAUUCUCUUUGGAGGUUACGUUGCUAAGGAAAAGACCGUAGUGUAUCCUGGAAUUGCUGUAUUUUUCCAGAAUGCCUUCAUCUUUUUUGGAGGGCUGGUUUUCAAGUUUGGCCGUACAGAGGACUUGUGGCAGUGAAGACUCCCACUUCUGCAGCACAGCCGCCCUGCAUGGGAUCAUUUCUCCCUGCUCACCCAGUCUUUUGUAAUACUGAUUUUCUAAACUUAUUUCUGAGUAUAAUCUCAGCUUGAAAUUGCAUAAUGCUAGAAUCAUGCGAACUCCUAUGUGAACUGCAACAGCCCAGUGUGCCGUGUGCCCCAUCAGCUUCUACCACGGGAAAGGAACCCGCUGACAUGAGUCGCUUUGUCAGCUUCUAUCAUGGUCUAAAGAGUUGGUGAUGGAAAAAUGGUGGAAUCUUUGGGGUGAGGAUUCGCUCUGGGGUCCAAAGUGUUUACUAAUGCAGCCUCUUCUGUAUCUGGUGUUAAAUAAUGUGUAAACAUUUUCUUGUUAUUAAAAACAAUUUGUUGGUCAGA